AUCUAUUAUGAAUUUAGUAUUUACAUUUUACAAUUUACAUUCUACAUUCUACCAAAUACUAUAGAUAUCCCUAGUGCUUGAUUCUACUACAUAUUAUUUAAUUUUUAUAUCUUUUAAUAUGGUCAUAUGUAAUGUACAUUGAAUUUUUAAUGUUGAUAAAACAUUAAAACAAGUAAUAACUACAAAUUAAAAAUCCUUAAUUGAAAAAAAAAUUUUAGGUAGGUAUUCUGUUACAUACCUUGUAAACAAGUAAGUUUUGUACGUGCAAUUAUUCUGUAGCUCACUGGGUACCUAUUUAAUUCAUACAAUACAAAUUACUAAUUAAAUAAAAAAAAAAAUAAAUUACAAACCUACAUUUAAAGAAAUAUAUUUAAUGAUUAUUUCCAUUUAAUUAUUAUAAAUAAAAAUUAAGGCCUUAGAUCAAAGUUAACCUAUUUAAGAUGUUGUCGAGAAAAAAUAAAGAUACAAGAACUAUUAAAGAAGGAGUGGUUGGAAAAUAUGUUAAAAAAGACAAGCCACCUGAAAUACCAAUCAUAAAUGUUUGGACUACAGAACCUUUCAGAAAAAAUAACCACAGCCGGACUAAUGUUUCAGAAUCCCCAAAUCUGAAUAACACAAACCAACCAAGUGGUUCAGUUCAAAAAUUUGGUAAUGUGAAAAAUACACCAUCUCCAUCAAUGCUAAUAGGCCAUGAAGGAAAGUAUACUCCUAGUAGUUCUGUUCCUGAUUUAGCACAAAAAUUUGCCAAUGCUAAUUUAUGGAGUAGUUCACCAGGUAUAGCUGCUGAUCAAUCAAUAAAUGUUAGAAAUUGUAGUAAUAGAUAUAUUUCCAAUGACUGCCACAUUAAUCAUCAAAUGGGAACUCACACUAGUGCCACUUGUUUGCCUUAUCAUUCACACUCAGAUUUAGCAGAGUCUUCUGUUAUUAUACAUGGAUUUAGUGACAAUACAAUUUAUUCACCAGCAUUAUCACAAUGUUUCCCAACUAUUCAAAUACAACACAAAAAUGAAAUUAUUAAUACUCAUCAUUCCACUCCUGCUUUACAUAAUAUUGGACAGCCUGUUCCAAUACCUUUACCAGCAGCUGGAGGGGAAGAACUUCCCUUACCACCAGGUUGGUCUGUAGACUUAACAUUAAGAGGUCGAAAGUAUUUUAUCGACCACAAUACCAAAACUACUCAUUGGUCACAUCCUUUAGAAAAAGAAGGUCUUCCUACUGGAUGGGAACGUAUUGAAAGCGACGAUCAUAUUUCUCGACAAGCACAAUAUGAGCAUCCAUGUGCUCCACACUAUAUUUAUCAACCAGAAGUGAGAAUUCCAUUGCCACUUCUACCUCCUCCACCGCCAAGAUCUACACAUUUCCAUUCUCAUAAUAUGCUUGUGCCAGCAAAUCCUUAUCUAAAUCAAGAAAUCCCUGUAUGGCUUGGUGUUUAUUCUCAUGCAGCACAAACAUCAGACCAUAAACUAAAAUGGGAAAUGUUUAGGUUACCAGAACUUGACUGUUUCAAUGCUAUGUUAACACGAUUAUACAAACAAGAACUAGAAGAGAUUGUUAUGCGUUAUGAAGUUUACAGAUCUGCAUUAUUGUAUGAAAUGGAUAGAAGACAUAUGCAAUCGCGAUAUAUUGAUACAAAUGAAUAUAACCGUUAUGGACCAGGGCUACGUAUCAUUGAUGUAACUAACGAUAACUUACGAGAAGUUGCACUUUCACAACAUACGGAAACUAAAGUUUAAUUAUUAUGUAUUAGAAUUAAUUUUUCUAUAAUUUCGAUCAAGGUAUUUUACAUUGUUUUUGAAUACCAUUGCUAUGGUUAAUUAUUUAAUGAUACUAUGAGUUAUAUUAAUAUAAUAUAAUUAAGGUUUUUCUACAAUACUGUGAUAAAUUAAAUAUGUAGUUAUUACUAUUGUGACUAAAAUUAAAGGAUAUGGUUGAAAUACUACCCAUUAUUUGUAUUAUAAAAGAGGUAAUAGGUUUUAUUGUAUUUACUAAUUUGUUAAAGCAAGUGCUAAUAUAAUUUUUUUUAGAUGUACUUAUUUAAUUAUUAUUAAUGUUGCACAUUUUUACAUCCAAAACCAAACCUCUUCUUCAAGUAUGUUUUACCAACAAUUAUUUUUAUAGUUAUAACCACAGACUAAAAUAUAUCUUAUUUUGUGGUUGUAACCGAUACAGUGCCUAAUCAAUUAUAAAUAUAUUUUUAUUUAUUAAGAGUUGAAAGUGAUAAGAAUUUAACAAUAUUGAAAUCAACCACAAAAGUAAAUGAUAUUUAGUAUUUUUUAAAUCUUAUAUACAUAAAAAUCUCUUGUCACAAUGUUUGUCCGAAAUAAACUCUGAAACUACUGGACCGAU